CAUUCCUGAAAUGUGGGAAGCGUUUGUCUUUUUAUUUGGUUCGUUUUAAAUACUUUUCGUCGUACUUUAAACCGCAAAGGCUUGAAAUGGCUGACUACUGGAAGUCACAACCAAGGAAAUUCUGCCAGUACUGCAAGUGCUGGAUCGCGGACAAUAAGCCUAGCGUCGAGUUCCACGAAAGAGGGAAGAAUCACAAAGAAAAUGUGGCUGCAAAGAUCUCUGAGAUUAAAAAGAAGAGCAUUGAUAAGGCCAAGCAGGAGGCACGUAUGUCAAAAGAGUUUGCGGCAAUGGAGGAGGCUGCGGUGAAGGCAUAUGAGGAAGAUCUGAAGAGGAUGGAAAGGGAGUCGGCAGGAUUACCAGCCCAAGUAACUACACAGCCACAACCAAAGGCAAAACCUCAGUCAAAACCUCAGAUAGGACCUCAGUUAGGACCCCAGGCCGGACCCCAGGCCGGACCCCAGGCCGGACCUCAGCCAGGAACUCGGGCCGGACCUCGGGCCGGACCCCGGGCAGGACCUCAGGCCAAAAAACAGAAAAAUCAAGCGAAAGCGAGCUGGAAGUCCAGAGGCCAAACAGAGGCUCAGGUUUGGGUUGAAGGACGGACAGAAGAUGGACACAUGUACUAUUACAACACAAUAACUGGAGAAUCUAAAUGGGGAAACCCAGAGGGUGUUCUGGGAGAAGACCCAGCCUCUGCACAGCCUGGACGGACAGAGAGCUCUUCAGGCUGUCCAUGGAAGGAAGCUGUCAGUCCUGAUGGUUAUACAUAUUACUACAACUCAGAGACUGGAGAGACCAGUUGGGAGAAGCCAGCAGGCUUUCCUUCAAUUAAAGCACCUGGAACUGUGCCCAACAAAGAGGGAGAGAGUCAGGAGGAGCCGCCCCCACCAGGAGGAGAGGAGAGGUCCAGUGGGGCCCCGGUACCUCAGGAGCCUGAAGUCCCUGAACAAGAAAGCCAGCAGUCCAACGCUGCAGAGAUCAGCUUCAGGAAAAGGAAAGCAGAAGCCGAGCCAUCAGAGCAGGAGGGAGAAGAUAAAGUGAGUGAUGACGCUCCUAAAGAGGAGUCUGAAGAGAUGAAAAGGGAGGAAGAGGUCCAACGCACGACAGCUGAACCCAAAGAGGAGAAAAAGGUAGAGGCGGCACCAGUGAAGAAACAAGCCAGAAGGCCAAAAACUGCCAAUCCAUAUGGGACCUGGGAAAAGAUCCGGGAAGAGGAGGAUCCAUAUGCCAAGGUGGACCUACAGUUGCCUAAGGUGGAGGGAAGCAGAAGCAGCAGCGCCAGCGCUCCAGCCGAGCUGCCGCGAGAGCCAAAGCCCAAGUUCAGGGAGCGCAUCAUCACAUCCAUCGGAGGGGAAAGUGGACCCGCUUCAUUCAGGAAAAACAAGACGCAGAACGGCAAAUCCAGGAGCCUCCGACAGAGAGACGACGACGACGACGACUGACCCAAAUACAUAAAAACUUCAUGCAGUGGAAGACUUUUACACAAACUCUUUCUAGGAACUUUUUUUUUUUUUUUUUUACAUUUUUCAAGCAUAUUAAAUGUAUUAGUAGUGUUUUUCUUUUCUUUACAUAAGAUGCACACACCUUUUUUAAGACAAAUUGAGCUGAGAAUGAAAAAAAAUGGUGUUUCUUCAAAAAAGCUUAAAAUAUGUUUAUUAUUUCUUAUCAUAAAAAUGUCUACCACUGGACGCGAUCCACAUUCUUUGUAUGGACAUCUGUCAUCAUGAAGGUGUGCAACACUUUUCUAGUCUUAUCUCAUGUAUACAAUAUUGUCAUUUCAUCCUGUUGUCUGGUACGGGCAGAUUUACUUAUAUACAGCUAUUCUAAUAACGUUUUCUAUUUUCCAUAUUUGUAUUUUUCUUAUUGUGGAAACAUAUAUUUGAUUGUCAAACUCUCAUAAAGCAGCAAGAUCAAAGAUGGAAACAUGUGAUCUCAAUAAAUGAUGACCGUCCGGAUACUGAAAA